AUGGCAAAGCGACAGGGCAACAUCACGGCAACGCGCUGCAUGACAACGCGCCGUUUGAUGUGCUUUGCUAGCAACAGGACGACAAGACGACAGUCUGCCAAUAUAGCGACAGAACAAAAAGAAACACUUGAAUGUUACAGCAACUUCUGCUCAAAUGUUGUUGAUAAAGUUAAAUGCAAUAUCACAACGAGCACUCUGUCCUGUUCAGCUGGUCAGUCCUGUUACCAAAAUCUGACGGCAGGACAACAGAGUCUUGGGUGCAUUGAUAAUCAGAAUUGUGAUUCGCAUGCUGCAGUUUCUACAAUUGUUGGAAGAGGUCUUGUAUCUAGGGAAACGUCAUUGUGUUUCGAAUGCUGCUCCACCGACCGUUGUAACUCCGCCCUUUGUCUCCAUCCUAAACGUAAGAGUGACGCAAGAGCAUGUAUGGAUGACGAAUCGGUGGACUGUGCUAGAUUGAAUUCUAUUUUUAGCAUCUGUAGUGACGUAGCACACGCUAAAAGCGUGUGUGCAAAAUUCUGUGGACUCUGUAUCGUUGACGGAAACUGGACAUUAUGGUCUACAUGGAGUAAGUGCGAUGUAACCUGUGAAAAUGGACACCAAACUCGGACUAGAACCUGCACUCAUCUGGCACCAAAGAAUGGUGGCCUUAAUUGUGUUGGAGACGGGAUAAUGACAAAAGUUUGUAAGAAAGAACAACCAUGCCCAGUUCAUGGCGGAUGGAGUGAUUGGUCACAUUGGGGUACAUGUUCAGUAACUUGUGACAUGGGUUUGCAGCGUCGCACGAGGACAUGUUCUAAUCCACCACCAAGUUUUGCUGGAAAUCAUUGUUUCGGAGACAAUUCUAAAACACAACUUUGCAUGCCUUCACCAUGUGCAA